AUGGCAAUGAUGCCAUACUACCUUUCUAGGUUACCUUAUCAUGACUCCCUUCAAAUUCUUGAGGCUGAUAUACAACAAGCUAAUUCUUUGGCUGCUGAAAUUCCAAGAGCAAAGGGAGGAAAUCUUAUUAAAAUGAAAUUGGUUUGUAAUCAAUUGGCUCCUCUUGUUUUGUUGUUUCUUCAAUGGAUGGAUUGGUCUUGUGCUGGCUUUUUGCAUAGUUAUCUCAACCUCUUCCACAUACUUAUAUACAAAGAACCAAAUGAUGGUAGAUCAAUCUUGUCUAGUCGUGGAAGGAAAGCAACCAUUAAGGAUUUUUAUGCGGUUAUAUUGCCGUCUCUUCAGCGGCUUCAUGGUAGCUUCGACGACAAGUUGGAGACUUGUGAAGAAAUGAACACGGGUUUUGAAGGUUUGGUUUGUGGCCAGAAGGUGAUUGAGGGAGAUGGGAAACUAACCGAUGUUGAUUUACAAAGAGAAGAUGAAUGUGGGAUUUGCUUAGAGCCUUGUACCAAAAUGGUUUUGCCUAAUUGCUGUCACGCCAUGUGCAUCAAAUGCUACCGCAAGUGGAACAGAAAGUCCGAGUCGUGUCCUUUUUGUCGCGGUAGUUUGAGGAGGGUUAAUUCAGAAGAUCUAUGGGUAUUAACUUGCGAUGAAGAUGUUGUCGAUGCUGAAACAGUUUCUAAAGAAGAUUUGUUGCGGUUUUACCUCUAUAUCAACAAGCUUCCCAAAGAUAACCCCGACGCACUUUUCCUAAUGUAUUACGAAUACCUGAUUUGA